AUGUCCACCAAGCCGAUGUCAUCGUCCACGAACAGCAGCAUCAACAAUAACAAUGUCAACAACAACAAAGGUACAAAUGACAUCAAGAUGGGAGCCGACGACAAGGUCUUGAAACAGCUCACGAGGAUACUGGAGAGACAGCUCAGGAGCACGUGGGAUGGCGUAGGAAGGCUCAGAGCGGCCAAGGCCAGAGCGGUGGUGUCCGAGUUGACAAAGAGGGUCUUGGUGAACAAUCACGGAUCGAGGACAGAUUCCGGAAAAGACUUGUCCGAACGCCAUGCCGGGCUCGCGGUGGAUAGCAUCCGGCAGGUAUUGAGCCGUGCGAGUGCGGUGGGAGUAGUUGAUAUGCGAGGGAUCGUCGCGAGGGAACUGCGAGGUCGGACGGUGUACGCCUUGGAUCCGGAUGCCAUCUCCACCCAUAAGUCUGUCAUGGCUCAGAACGGACCGGUCGGGCUCGCUCUCGAUGCCCAUUUGCUGGCCGACUACCUUGAGAGGCGAGGUGCCGGGCCACAACAUUACGACUCGGGCAGCACGUCCGGAUUGGAAAGAUGGCUGCCCAGCUCGACGCAGGGUCAUAUCGUGGUCCCAUUCAUGACCGAAGCACAGCCUCUUUCCUGCAUCGUGGUGACGACCGAUUCGCCUCACCUGAAGUUCACGCGGGAAGAUGAGAGCUUCAUCAACACCAUUGGCGUGAUCCUCGGAGCGUACAUUUUGCAACGACGGGUCGUAGCUGCGGACGCGUCCAAGACGACCUUCUUGUCAUCCAUCAGCCACGAAUUGCGAACGCCUUUGCACGGGAUCUUGUCGGGGCUCGAACUGGUCCGCCCACAUGUCCAGAGCGAGGCGAGGGAAGCGAUGGAGAUGGUCGAAUCCAGCGCGAGCACGUUGGAUCACAUCCUGAAUGAUGUGCUCGACUUCGCACGCAGAUCUCGUGGCGAACCGAAAGCCAAGCAAGAGGUGGAUCUCGAAGCGCUCACGAGGCAGACCAUGACGAUCGGUCGGGCGGAAGGCAAGGGGCGAUGUCGAGUUGGUGUUCGAAUCGACCCCGAUGGACUGGUCGGUCAGGGUCGACCGGGCGAGGUAUCAACGCAUACGGUGAACGGAUCGAUCGUCGUCCGCCUCGAGCGUUCCCGGGAGCUGGAUGGGUUCGUACUCGUGGUACAGGACACUGGGUGUGGCAUCCCGGAAACCUUCCUCAAGGACGUCUUUCGGCCGUUCACCAAGGCCAACCCGUUUGCGAUCGGUACCGGGCUGGGUCUGUAUAUCGUCCGCGGGAUGGUGCAAGAGAUGGGCGGAACGGCAAAUCUGCAGUCUCAGGUCGGAUUUGGGACCCGGUUGACCGUCGCCUGUCCGGUGACUUUCCUGCGUGACGGACGGGCCAAUGCGACUUUCUCGCCUGCUCAGAGGGAAAUAAUUGGACAGGUCAAGAAUGGCGUACUAGUACCGACGCCUCGGAAUAGCGACGUUGUGGUCACUCGAGACAAGCAGGCUGUUCCUAUCAUACUCAACAAGGCUGCCAACGGACUGGCUGACGGUGGACAUGCUCGACCUCAAGCUGAAAAGACUAGCGACGACACGGAACCGACCCGCAUCCUUGUGGUCGAAGACAACGACAUUAGCCGCAAGAUUUUAGUCAGGCUGAUUCAAAAGCAAAUGAAGGCUAAUCGUGUCGCGAUCGAAACCGCGGUGGACGGCAUCGACGCGCUGGAGAAAUUCGAAACAUUUGCACCUCGAAUAGUCUUGACGGACGUUUCAAUGCCUCGGAUGAACGGCGUGACCGCAGCGAGAGAGAUGCGUCGGAUAGAAGAUGAACAUGGAUGGACAAAGACCCGCAUUUAUGCCAUCACCGGAUUGGGCUCGUCCGACGUCCGACUUAAACAAGAGGCCAUGAUGGGAGACGCCUCGCUGGACGGGUGGUACAUCAAGGGUCACGACAACAUGUCCCAGAUGGUCCAAAAAAUCGCAACGGAUGCAUAG